GUCCAGGAGCGCGGGAUCCUCCUGGGCCUGCCGGGAGUUACACGCGACUUCUCCCGCAGGAUGAGGCUCCCAGCUUGGCUGCCUCCCCUGUGGCUCCUGCCCCUGUGGCUGCUGCCGCCGCCGCCGCGAGCGAGCGGUCUCCGAGGCCCGGCGCCCGGCGGUCUGAGGGCCUUCGUGGUGCCCCACAGCCACAUGGACGUGGGCUGGGUCUACACCGUGCAGGAGAGCAUGCAUGCCUAUGCAGCCAAUGUCUACACUUCCAUGACAGAGGAGCUGAACAGAGGCAAGCAUCGCAAAUUUAUUGCUGUUGAACAAGAAUUCUUCCGGCUCUGGUGGAACAGAGUGGCUACAGUCACCCAGAAACAACAGGUCCAUCAGUUAGUGAAAGAAGGACGACUGGAAUUUAUCAUUGGAGGCCAGGUGAUGCACGAUGAAGCUGUGACCCACAUUGAUGAUCAGAUUUUACAGCUGACAGAAGGACACGGCUUUUUAUAUGAAACCUUCGGGAUAAGACCUGAGUUUUCCUGGCAUGUCGAUCCCUUUGGAGCAUCUGCUGCCACACCAACUUUGUUCGCCCUGGCCGGCUUCAAUGCCCACCUUAUUUCCCGGAUCGACUAUGAUCUGAAAGAGGACAUGCAGAAAGCCAAGAAGCUCCAGUUUGUGUGGCAAGGGUCCCCCUCUCUGGCUGAGAGUCAGGAAAUCUUCACUCAUGUCAUGGACCAGUACAGCUACUGCACCCCGUCAGCCAUCCCCUUUUCCAACAGGUCGGGCUUUUAUUGGAAUGGAGUUGCGGUUUUCCCCAACCCUCCACAAGAUGGUGUUUACCCCAACAUGAGUGUGCCAGUGACAGAUGCCAGUCUCCACCUCUAUGCACAAACCAUGGUGGACAACAUCAAGAAGAGGGCAGCCUGGUUCAGGACCCAGGAUGUGCUGUGGCCUUGGGGUUGUGACAAGCAGUUCUUUAACUCAUCCGUCCAGUUUGCCAACAUGGAUCCGUUGCUAGCCUAUAUUAAUAACCACUCCGAGGAGUUUGGGGUCACUGUGGAAUAUGCCACUGUGGGCGAUUACUUCCGUGCCAUUCAUGAUCGAGAUGUCACCUGGAACAUACGGAACCAACAGGACUUUCUUCCCUAUUCAACAGAGCCAUUUCAAAGCUGGACUGGAUUUUAUACUUCCCGUAGCCACCUGAAAGGGACCGCCCGGAGAGCGAGCUCCCUUCUUUACGCCGGAGAGUCCAUGUUCACCCAGUACGUUCAGAAGAACCCCCAAGGCCAUCUGUCUAAACCCAAGUACUUGGAGCAGCUGCAGCAGCUUCGGUGGGCUGUUUCAGAGGUCCAACAUCACGAUGGCAUAACAGGGACAGAGUCCCCCAAGGUGAGAGACAUGUACAUGAACAACCUAAUGGAAGGAAUGCUUACUGUAGAGAAGCUAAUGGCCUUCAUCAUCCUUGACAUGUUCCGGGCAGAGAAGAAAGAAGAGCUACAAGCUGGCGUCGCUGAUAGCGAUUCAGGCAAACAAGGUGCUAAUGAGGUGGAACCAUGCGCUGUUGUCUAUAACCCCCUGGCCUGGCCCAUCACCACUUUUGUUACUAUUACUGUCAGUUCUCCAGGAGUCGUGGUCCUCGAUGAAUCCAGACAUCCUGUGCCUGCUCAGAUCCAGAACUCCACUGACUCUUCGUCCACCUAUGACUUGUACAUUCUAGCCACCAUAAAGGGUCUCAGUUACCGGCGUUACUACAUUAAGCCAACUGGCAAAUUUGAAGAGGUUCACCAAGAGUCAACCUCCAUCGCAAGAAUCUUCCGCUUUGAUAGGAAAUCGGGAAAGUCUUCACGCUACUCCGGCAAGCGUCUGUUUCCCGUGACAAACAAGUGUUAUUCUAUACUUAUGGACGAAAACACCAAUUUAAUGCACAGCAUCACAGAGAGGGAGAGUAAACAGACUGUACAAGUCACCCAGCAGUUCCUAGAGUAUAAAGUUAAUGCUGAUUUAGAGCAUGGACCAAUUUCAGACAACUAUUUGUUUACCCCAGAUGGAUCUGCCGUUCAAGCAUCAGAUGUGGUGGGGUUGGAAAUUGUGGCUGGAAAACUAGUGACGGAGAUCCGGCAAUAUUUCUACAGAAAUUUCACUGUAAAGGAUUAUACCUAUGCCGCCUAUUCUCGGAUCUACAAUAUCCCCGAGGGUUAUGAUGGGAAACUGCUCUGUCACAGGAUAGAACAAGAGUACAGGGUGGGUCCUUUGGAGCUGAACCAUGAGGCAAUCCUGAGGACAAGCACAGAUUUAAACAGUCAACAAGUCCUUUAUACAGACAAUAAUGGCUAUCAGAUGCAGAGAAGGACUUACAAAGCAUACGUGAAUAACACCGUGGCUCGGAAUUACUAUCCCAUGGUGCAGACCGCUUUCAUUGAGGAUAACAGAACCAGGCUUGUCCUGCUGUCUGAAAGAUCACAUGGUGUCUCCAGUCAAGGAAAUGGGCAGAUAGAGAUGACAUUUUUUAACAGGUUGAUGCUACAUAGAAGACUGUGGAACAACUUUGAGUGGGACCUCAAUUACAACCUCACUUUGAACGAUACCUCAGUGGGGCCAACUUUCUGGCUCCUCCUAGGACCCAAGGCCUCACUACUGCUACUGUACCAGAUGAGUAGGAUUGCUUUGGAGCACAGACCAGUUGUUAUAGUGGGAGAAUUACCUAGUAAUGAAUGGCCUGAAGCCACCAGGAUACCUCCAGAACGAUGCUCCAGCCCUCCCUCCAAUCUUCACCUCCAGGUGCUCAGCAUCCCCUGGUGGCAGUUCAGCUCUAACCACACAGAGCAUCUGCAGUGGCUCCAGAAAGGUGGGCCUGACCUCAGCCGGGUCUUACUCAGGAUCUGCCAUUUAUAUGAGGUGGGAGAAGACCACCUUUCCCAGCCAGUAACUGUGAACCUGAAGUCUCUGCUUCAGACGAUGGGGACCGUGGCUUUUGUGGAGGAGCGCUCCCUCACAGGGACUUGGGAUGUGAAGGACCUGAAUCGCUGGAGGUGGAAAACGGCUCAACACGAAGGCCAAGACUUCCACAGGCCUUCAGGACCAUCUCUGGGAAACACCCACCUUCAUUCUGCACCCAAAGGAAAUAAAGACCCUUCUUUAUCUAUUUUCAAGAGCAAUGAAAUGCUUAGGAGCUCUCCCUGCAGAGCUCUCCUUAAUGUCUUUGAAGCCUUGCACAUGCUCUGCCAAAGGGAUAUUUAAGGCCAGUGUGAAUUUAUGGAGGAAGAAAGAUGUAUAUGUUUGUAAUAAACCGUAAAUUAU